AUGGAGGACCAAAAAUCGAAGACGCACGACAACAAAAAGAGCAUGAAGGUCGUCCCGCAAGCAUUGUUGUUGCUCCUCUUUGCGGCCACACGGGGACCGCAGCAGGCAACAGGGAGCCGGCCCGGAUUAUUUCAACCUCUUCUGCACGACGGCGCGCAUCAGAAUAGUGGUAAUUUUUCUCCAGGACCACCGCCGGCGGUGGGACAGCACCAGCAGCAGUUCGUGGGCGCAGCAGCAGGAACAGCUGCAGGACUACUAGUUGGAAACGAGGUGCACACGAAGAAUGAUCACCAGCAGCACUUCAUCCAGCGCAGAUCUGCUGUGGCAAGGAGAAAAACUCCUGCUGUAACAUCGCGGUAUAUUUCUGGGGAGACAACGACCUCUACAAUGGACAGCUUUUGUUUUCUCGCAGGGGGGUCUGUUGCAGCCAUGCGCGACGAGGAAAGUACUGUAUCGGACGACGAGGAUCGGUCACUGGAGGUCGGCGGUCUGGAAGAACCCCACGCCCCCGCCGGCAGUCUGGGGUCACGAGUCAGCCCGUCGCAGGAAGUUUUGCCGGACCACUUUCUACUCCACGUGGCCGCCGCACAAGGUCGUCACGAUGACUGCGAGGACUUCCAUCUCCACGGCGGACUGAAGGCUGGUGCAGGUUAUGCUUGUUGCAAAUAUCGACGAUGUUGAUCUGGGUCCUGCUCUGGAUAUUGAACUACAGUGCAAAUUAUAUUAACUUGCGAUGGUGGCUGCCGCGCAGCUGGGCGGUGGUUGUAACAAGCUGCACCAAAAUCUGUCCUCUUGUAUGAACAGCAAUUAUUACGAUCUGUUUCUUGUUUUUACUAUACUUAAGAUUAAGUACUUACCACAAAAAAGCCUCCGGCCAAGAACCUGUACUUUUACCACUUUUGCGUUACCUGGUUUACUAUAAUUCGAGGGACAAAAUCUUCAUGACAAGGACACGCAUACGCAGUCAUCGAGAGCAGGACCCAGACAUCGGUUUGCAUUUGAUACAGGUGCAACGAUGACGACGGGACCCGCAGAACUGGCGAACUGCCGAGCGACCACACUGCGAACUGACGAAAUGGCGACGUCUCCACGACAAGCAAGACAAAACCCCCAGCAACUACCGGCAGGCCUCGCCCUGGCGGCUCUUGUGCGAAGAGGUUCUUCGGACCUAGAACUCGUAGCACCACGACCUGUAGGUCAGAAUUUUUUCGCGCCGCCGCAGGAGGAGGAGGCACAAGAGCCACAAGACGACUUAUUCCAGAUGGAUCUAGAAGACCAACAAGAGGAGCUGAUGUGCCUUCCUGUUGUCUCCUCCCGAAGUGAAGACGCCGCCCAUAUGGAACAAAUGAUAUUAACACCCGUGGUGAAAAUAAAGACCCCCGAUGAUCAUGACCGCACGCAGCAGCUCCCGUCUAGUAGUAGUACCAGUGGUGCCGGUCCCGCUCCUGCUGGCAGAACAACGUCUGGCAGAAAUUUCCAGCGUCUGCCGCGAGAAGGGUUCCUGAACAGCAGCACCUUCAUGCGGCGCGAACAAGAAAGGGAACUACACGGGGAACAAAGCGGCUCGUUUUUCGACCGGGAUGAAGCUGCUACACCACCACCAGCGCCUGUUUUGUCGUCGCCCCAUGUAGGUGCGUCGACCACGGGCAGUAGCGGAGCUGCCUCAAGAAGUCCUCAUCUUCGCGCAGCGGGUUUUGGAGGUGGUCGACGUGGGGCAGACUAUAGUUUCAGCUUACAAAAAAGUUGUGGUGGUGCUUCCACUAGUUCUUCUUGUCCAUCGAUGCUGAUGGCCAAUCGUCUUCCGCGCGUAACAUUUGGAAAAACGUCGCCACGGCCCCAGAGUUGUCACGCGGAUUUGCAAUGACAGGAACAUUUGCAAUGCGCAUCUCCAUGAGAGGCGUUUCUAGUCGUGUUGUGGCAUUUGUAUUUACGCUGUCACCAGGAUCAUACAUAAGCAGAUGGAUUUGUGAUAUGUGUUUAACCCUGCUAAGCUGCACUACACUACGGUAGCUGCAGCUUGUGUUGACGCGUGAGUCCCAAAACUUCUAGGUUUGUGUUGCAAAUAAAUCCCCAUCUUGACAACUCUGGGGUCGUGUGGGCCCCGUUUUUGUUCCUCAGGAUAGUGCGGCUGCUCGACGUCAGGGGAAGGAGAUCAAUCGAGUUGUCGGUUGGUGGAGCAAGAAGAUCUGCAUCGUCUUCUACCUCGCCGUCACAGUCAUGACCACCACGAGGACCUGGACCACCCGCAGAUGUUGCCCGAAACGCCGCAGAUGUCCCCGCUGGCAGUGGUUGUGCCGCGCCGGAAAUCGCUGGUGGAUUCUUCAUAUGCAUUGCAAAAGCAUCGUAGUGGCAGAAAUCGCAUUACAAAUUCCGUCAGCAUGAGAAAUGGAAUUUAUCAUGCUGUUUUACCUUAGGAAAAAAAUUUGUGAUGCAUGACUGCAAUUACUACGAGUGCGAUGCUUUUGCACAGGAUACUUCGCGCGAGGGUGUAGUAGUUCUUGCGGGAGAUGACCAUAGUACCUCCGGGGCUGCCGGUUCAUCGGCGGCGGACCUGAACCUCCAGCGCAUGGUGCUGCAAGACGCACUAUCAAAAGUAAAAAUGUCUGGGUCUGGGAACUUGUGAUGCUGGGUGGCGUCUCAUGAUGAGGCUACAGAUGCUGGCUCAGCAUGACAAGUUUCUGAGCUCCUAGGUGUUGCCUAUUCUGCAUGACAAACUGCGCUUCUGCAUCACAGAAAUAAAACGGAGCUCUUGGGUAGUAACGUGCAUAACAGAUUUAAGAGUCAUGCCAGACAAGCAUGACAAACGUGAAUUCUUCCAGACCCAGACAUUUUUACAGUUGAUACGCACGGAACAAGUUUUACACCGUGGAUCCGGGUGCCAAAACGGACCUGGAAGAUGACUUAUCCCAGAGAAUAAAAAAGCUGGCAGGACAUGUUUGUAAUGCAAAAAUAAACUACACACAGAAAGACUCGUCAUGGGCGGACAGCCAUAGUAUGCUGUUCUUUCGGAUAUUAUGCAAUACAGAUUUUUUUGUGUAUUUAUUUUGGCAUUACAAAUAUGACCUGCCAGCUUUUUUCUCUGGGAUAUGACUCCGGUGACGGCGAUGACGACUCCAGCUCGACGGAGGACGAAUGGUCGGUUUCGGCCGAAGACGGUAUCAAAAGGAAAGAUCUGUCCCAUACCAAAACGAAGUUUCUGAUGCUCAGUUUGCGUACUACACAAAUCAGAUUUGUGUUGCUGGAGAGGACGACAUCUUCUGCAGGCCCAUAUAGUACGCCUGAGUUAAUAGUAGAGAGGUUUUUGGCCUAGGCGCUUAGCAUGAAAAUAAACGUUCGUGCUGUAUUUAUUUUCCCAUUAGUCGGUAUUAAUACCGACUCCGCUUGCAUAAUGCGGCGGACGCCUUCUGCAAAGCCUUCCUGCAAGACAGAUUUGUGGCCACAGAGGACCAGCACUCUGCAAAACAGCCACAAAUCAGCAACGCAAAUUUUCGAAAACGUACCCUGUCAAAAAUAUGGGGAGGGGGGAUUUUUCCUCGCGCUAUUGUCCGGGCCCUCCUCUUCACAACAUCGAAUGAACAGCACUACCUCGCUAUUACAAUGAAAAAUGCCCCCACCCCCGAACUUGAAAGCAUUUGUACUUAUUGCAAACCUUUCCAAAUGAAACAUUCGCCCUCUUGCAUGUAUCAGCAUCACAGAUUUCCGACCGUGAAUAGCAAAAAUUUGUAUUGCAAAAGAUCCCAGCAAGAGCGGCGCUUGUCAUGCAAGCGAUGCGAAACACGACUAGACUCUGCAUCAGAAGGAUUCGUACUCCUUUCAUGCAUGACAAAAAGUUUUCAUUUGGAAACUUCGCAUCACAAAUUUUUGCAACUUUGGGGGUGGGGGGCACUUUUCACUGUAAUACUCGCCGCCGACCGGCCCGCAUCCACCUGGCGACCACCCGAUGCUGUCCCCUCCGUGGGCCGGGGUCGUCGAGGACUUCGGCGCGCACACCGAACUCCUCCGGAAAAUUUCGAGUGCGGGCAGCUCUUAUGCAUUGCAAAUAUGUCUGGGUCCUCUGGAAGGAUGCAAGGUUUGUCAUGCUUGUCUGGCAUGACUGAAAAGUUUGUGAUGCGUGCCCAAGAAGAGAGCCUUUUGCUUGUCAUGCAAAAACGCAGUUUGUCGUGCGGAAAGCGCAACACUAAAGCAGCGCAGACAUAAUUUCUCAUGCUUGGCCGUGCAUCACAGAGCAUUCACUAUUCCCAAACCAGCAUUACAAGUUUCCAGACCUCCCAGACACAACUGCAUUUGAUAGUUCUUCGCACCAGGACCAGUUCGGGUCGGCCAACGCUGCAGCCUGGAGUCGGAAAGACUUAUCGAAAGGAAAAAUCCCCCCACCCCGUAUCGAACAGGGAAUUUGUGAUGCUGGAUUUGCGUACACAAAUCAGCUUUGUAUUGCACAGAGGCAUUGCGGCCAGAUCCCCAGGCUAGGUAGGGGCGUAUGGGUCUAGUUGUUCAGCAUGGCAAACGGCUCCCCUUUAGGCUUCACAGCAUGAGAAAUCGCGUCCAUAAUAGGGGGGAAGCUGCUGCACUUGUCUUCGUGCAAGACAUAUGCGAUUUGUGGCCUCAAAUCAGCAACACAAAUUUUCGAAUAUGGGGAGGGGGGAUUUUUCCUUACGAUAAGACUGGGGCAUCUGUCAGCACGGCCCGGGGUCCAGUGCCGCCGAGAGCCGUGAAGCCACACCCGGGUCGGGAUAUGACCACCGCCACGCUUACAGAAUGCCCGAGGACCAUCGCGUGGCGAAAGCGGCACGGAUAUCAAAAGGAAAAAUUCCCCCUCGUCCCAUAUCAAAAACGAAAUUUGUGAUGCUGUAUUCGAGUACACAAAUCGACUUGCAUUGCUAGAAGGCCAAGCGACGCAGUCGUGGCCUCGUUUGUAGGCAAUUUGCCAUGCUGUUUCCCACUUCCUCCUGCCUCCUGUCAUGCUGUAGCUGCAAGGCUUUUCCACGCCAUACAGAACUACAGUCCGCACUUUUUCCCUUCUAGCAUGACAAAAUGAUUUGUGUACACAAAUCCCGCAUCACAGACUUCCAUUUUGAUAUGGGGAGGAGGGAUUUUUCAUUUUGAUAACGGAAAAAUAAAUCGGGUCGAUUUCUGACGUCGCCGGUAUUAUGCAUUUAGUAGUGCUUUUUUGAAGUAGAUAAAGAAGAUACUUUAGAAAGCGGUUCUAUUUUCUGUGUAGCUUUUACAUUUUUUCGAAAUUUCAUGGAGUUCUUGGCGUUAUUGAAUGAACUUGAACACCACCCCAAGCAGCAGGUGGUCGUAAUUUGUACGCAACAUUGUCUCGUUUGUAUUCAACAAAAGGCGAUGACUUACGCGGACGGGGAGUGCGAGUGGGACGAGAUGACGCGGACGCGGAGCAUAUCCUCAGCGAAAACUACGGGGCCCCCACCCCAGAGUCAAGUUGGAAAAAAAGCAACACAAACCCAGAAGUUUUGGGCGUUACGCAUUACAAGUUCUUCGCUGUAUGGUGGUGCAGUCUAUUAGCAAGCACAGCCGCAUCACGAAGCUAGCUCCUUAUCCUGUUUACAGAAUUACAAAUUCCAAAACACGGCCGAAAAUGCGUCUCAUGGGUAUGCACAUUUUUACAACUGUUCCUGUAGUUGCAAAUCUGCAUGACAACUCUGGGGAGUUGGAAACGUUUUUCCACAGGAUACAGCAAGAAGAGGCCCCGGGGAGCCAGGGGAGGCACCGGAUAUGCGACGAUGCACCUCCGCGUUUACUCCGAGCCGGCGAACAUGUCAACGCUGGGGCAACGUUUUUACCGCAACAGCUCCUCGGGUAGUUUUAUGUCGACCAUGUCCGGCGGUAUGCAUGGCAAAUACCUAUGUCCUCUAGGUCUGGAAACUUGUAAUGCUGAGUUGUGAAAAAUUAAAAUUCAUUGUGAAUACUCUGUGGAAGAUGAAGUGCACCGCCAAGCAUGACGAGAGAUAUUAGUAUUUGCGCGGCCUGAUUUAGUGUUUCGGUUCUUUCCCUUUCCGCAUGACAGGCUGUGCAUUUUUUGUUUGACAAGCAAAAGGGUGACUUCUUGGACACGCAUCACAAAGAACUCUUCAGCCAUGCCUGACAAGCAUGACAAACCAUGCAACACUCCUCCAGACCCAGAUCGGUAUUUGCAAUGCAUAGGCGGCGUCAGCCGGCAAUUUACCGGCACCAGCACCGCAUCGUCCGCGCAGGUGUUGCGGGUUGUAUCAAAUGCAAAUAUGUCUGGGUCUGGAAGGAUGUAACUUGUGAUGCGCAUUUCAGAACACACAAAAAUCUCUGAUGCAUAGGCAGCAAAAGCUGCUCACUUUCUGUCACCAAAAUGGGGUAUUUGUCAUGCGGAUUCGGCAUUGCGGAAGCUUGUCGAAACCUGUGAUGCUAGAGCUUCCAUGCCAGACCUUCUGUGUCAUGCAGAAACAGCAUCACUCUUCCAGACCCAGACACUUUUACAUUUGAUAGGUUGUAUCAAAUGCAAAUAUGUCUGGAUCUGGAAGGAGUCAUCGAAUGUGUCAUGCGAAUUCUACAUCAGGCCACAAAACCUGUCCUGGUGCAUGGCCAUAAGAACAAGGCCCCAUUUUCAUUUGUUUUCCGUGCACUCUUCCAGACCCUCGCAUACUAUUUGCAGUUGAUAAGGCGCCAGUGCGAGCCGCAUGGGUGGAGUCGCCGUCUCGCAGGACAGCUUCCUUUCCAACGGGGAACGAAUACAGGCCGGCGCCGGACAAUUUCUUCCUAUCAUACAGAAAACGAUUGGCACCAGGGCGUAUUUGUAAUGCAAAAUAAAAUGAACAGACAAACAAUAGUACAAAUGCAAGUCUUGUAAUUAUAUCACAUUUCCUAAAGAACUACAUCAGCGUGCUAUGGUUUAUUCGCCCAUGACAGCACCAGAUCUUUCUCUUACUUUCAUUUUGCAUUUUACAAAGAUAGAUGCCCUGCCUGCGUUUUUUUUUCUCUGGGAUGCUUCCAUCCGCCUUUCCACCAAGCGAGGUAGCAGCUCUACCUACAUGUUUUUAUCGUGCGGGCACUUAGAAACAUAAUUGGCAUUUGCCGCUUUGUGAAGUUGUAGACGUUUUAGUACGACGAGAAAUCAUAUAUCAAUUCACGAAAAAUUAUUUAAAAAAUGUAAAGCUAUCGGAUCAACAUCAGGCGCCGAGCCGGCUGGAGGAAAUGAUGUAUGAGCUUGGAGCGACGUAUCAGAAUAAAAAAAUGCACAGUAGAUGGAAGUCUUGGAGGCUCGUGCCAGCGUCGAAUUUGUCUCCAUAAUUGUGUCAAAAAUAUUUUUAUACAAUCGAUCAGCAGGAAGGAGCUACGAGAGCAUUUAUUCCCGCCUGUGUCUGGAUGCAGUGACGCAAAGAGGUAUUAACGCGUUUUUUUGACUAAGAAAGGGCACGCGACUUCCUGUUCUGCAUAGUAUUUUCGCAUUGGAUAGUGCGCAGGGUGGAGAAAAAGCCGGGACGAGAGGAGCGUUUUUACGGCGCGACCAGCCCGCAUUGGGGGCCUCGCCGAGUGGUGCUGCAGGAGGUAUAGCACAACUCGCAUGGAUUUCGUUUUAUUUCGGGUUCGGCGCAAGAAAAUAGAAAAUGCGUUUUUUAGAUGAAGACGUAGUGCCAUUGCCAUUCUUUUCAAGUUGAAAACGAAAUAAACCAACACAAGGCUCCUGCCAGUGCCACCGGCGGUGUAAAUAAAUAACAGUACUGAAGCAAAAAUUGUUGUAAAGCCAGCUAAUGGAAGAUCGUCAUCAUCAUGUAGUAGUCCUCUUCUACUCUGUCCAGGUUUGCUGGAAGCCGACAUGGACAUUCCGCCCUUCGAGCUCCAGCCCGACCGCAGGCAGGCCGAUGCAGCAUAUCCCAGAGAAGAAAGCAGGCCGGGCAUAGUUGUAAUGCAAAAAUAUUAAAGACACACACACAUCAAAAUAAAAAUCUGCCAUGGGCGGCCCCACAGCGUGCUGUUUAGGAUGUUGCGCAAUACACCUUUUUUUGGGUACUUGAAAAUUAUUUUUGCAUUACAAAUAUGACCUCUGCCUGCUUUUUUCUGUGUGACACAGCAAGCGACAGCCUCAUGGACGAUGAGGGUCGGGUAUCAAACGAUGCACAGCUCCUCUUUAAUCCCCCGCCGUUUUUCGAUGAUCUACUUCCACAUGGGACCUACUUACUACAACAGAAGCAAGACCCAGAAUCAUGUGGUUAUGCAGAUUUUUCGCAUGACAAGAAGUUGUACUUAUUGUUGGGCCACAGAUGUUGGAUUGUUGUCGUGUUCCUUCACCCUGAAGGUGUUUCGCAUAAAUGUGGCUUCACGCAAGGUUCUUUGCAUGAAAAGUGAGCAGUUGGGCUCCAAGGGGAAGUUGUCCACUGUCACACCGGAGCACGAUGGGCGCGGAAGGCGACCAGCCCGAAACGAAGCGGUUACGGAAUGAAGAGUGCGGCGACUGCGGUGCUAUCCAAGUGAAUAUAUUUAUAAAAGUGCCCCGCGGCGUAUGAAUGUGGAUGAAAUAAUAUUUGUGUGAUGCCAACAUGGAAGUGCAGCCGUGGAGACUGUACUUAUAAUUUUCUGCAUCGUGGUGUAUAUGUAUAAUUAAUACAUCAGCUGCGUGAUAAUUACCUAUACAGAUUCUUCGCUACAGUGCUUUACUCAAACUUCCCUUUGGGAUUUUACUUUUCAAUAUACAGAUUCUUCGCAGAAGUUGCAAAACUGGCUUGAGUUCUCAAACGAAACUUCCCGUAUUUGUUGCUUCCAAUGUGCAAAGCAGUUAGAUCAUCUCACGUGCAGCCAAGGUUAGAUGCAACAGAUGCCCUUCAGGAUUCCAACUUUGUUUCCGUGGUUGGGGCACUUUGGAUUUUGAUAGUUGCCAGUCCCGAGUCCGACCAGUGCCUCCAUGACAUCGAAGAGUGCCCGCGCAGGCUGUUUCUCGGUUCACCGGUAAUAUCCAAGAAAAAAACUACUGUUUUAAGAUAGUACAACUGAUCUGGCAGAUCAGACCAUGCCUGAGAGGCACACUUGUGCUUGGGAUGAUGCCAGACAACUACCUCGAUGUCGUGCAGGCAGCCGUGGUGGAAUGCAAACAACCUUGCACUACAGAGGUACGACCAUGAAAAUUCUCCCAACUAGAUUUGCAUCGGGUCGAAGCGCUUUCUGUCAUGCGGAGCGAAUUUGUAAAAAUGCCGCCAGUUGUUCAAAAUGCAUUUUUUUUUCAUGGAUAGGCUAGUCGCGGCAGACCGACCAUGAUGGGGCCCCGGUGCGGGACGAGCAGUGGCGGGAGCUGUAUAUCUUCCCCGGAGUUACUAGCAGCGCCAGGAAGUAGUAGUAGCAGGCCGCCAGCAGGACGGGGUGGAGGACCGCAGAGUUCUCACAACACGGCACCACCGCCGUGUCAGCUCCUACCCCCGGUUCCGAGCGACGAGCCGGACCUGAGUGGCAUGCUCUGCGACCCCUUUGAUUCCGAUGGCUACGAGAUUUCAGAGUCGGACAUCUAG